UAUUUUGAAGAUACAACUACUUAUAUUAGUGGAAAUACUUAUUUAACAAUUGGCUUUAUAGUUUCAGCUUAUAAUGCUUUACUUGAUAUAUUGAAAAAAUUUAUUAAAGAAAAAAAUACAAUUUCAACUAUUAAAAAUACAGCUCAAUUUG